CUUAGUAUGACGUUGUCGAAGAAGUUUCCGGAAGGUUAAGCGGAUUACAUCAGAAGCUGACAUAGUAGAAGCGUGUGGAAGGUUGUUCAGUGAAGUAUUGCGCACGUAUAUUUAUAUUUGUUUUUGCGAGACUUUCAAUUAAUUUAUUGACACCAUGUUGGUGGCUAGGCUUGCCUGUCUACGUAGUUUGCCCACAAGUGGGUUGCAUUCUGCUUUCACCCAAGGAUUUCUGGGUCUAAGGAAUUCCUGCUUAAAGACCAGUCAGCUACAGCUUCAGACUAAACAGGGCUAUGCCUCAAAAGCAAGACUGGGUUUCCGCCGUGGGAGAACAGCUAAAGAUGAAAUAAAAGAAGCAGCAUUUCAACCAGCAAUGGAAACAGCUAUUAGAAUUGACAAUAUGGGAAGAAUAGUUCUUGCAGGGGGAGCUGUUGUAGGCCUUGCAGCCUUAUGCUAUUAUGGACUGGGAAUGUCAAAUGAAAUAGGAGCCAUUGAAAAAGCUGUCAUUUGGCCUCAGUAUGUUAAAGAUAGAAUCCAGUCUACUUACAUGUACUUUGCAGGAAGUGUUGGCCUUACUGCCUUAUCAGCUGUAGCAGUCAGUAGGUCACCAUUGCUUAUGAACUUAAUGAUGAAAGGAUCCUGGCUGGCAAUUGGAGCAACAUUUGCUGCAAUGAUAGGAGCUGGUAUGUUAGUUAGGUCAAUACCUUAUGACCAGAACCCUGGAACUAAACACCUUGCCUGGAUGUUGCAUGCAGGUGUAAUGGGUGCUGUUGUGGCUCCCUUGACUUUGCUUGGUGGUCCAUUGUUGAUCAGAGCAGCUUGGUAUACUGCAGGUAUUGUUGGUGGCUUGUCUACAGUGGCAAUGUGUGCACCCAGUGAAAAAUUCUUAAACAUGGGUGGUCCGUUGGCUGUGGGACUGGGCCUGGUUUUUGCAUCAUCAGUUGGAUCUAUGUUUUUGCCUCCAACUACUGCAUUGGGAGCUGGGGUUUAUUCAAUUGCUGUUUAUGGAGGACUGAUUUUGUUUGGCAUGUUCCUGUUAUAUGACACCCAGAAAGUCAUAAAGCGUGCUGAGUCUUACCCUGUCUACGGUGUAAGGAAGUAUGACCCAAUCAAUUCGUGCCUGGGAAUUUACAUUGACACCCUGAAUAUAUUCAUGAGAGUUGCAACCAUUCUAUCAAACAGCAAUUCAAGAAGGAAAUAAAAUGCUAAAGUUUUAAAAAAUUUAUCUGGGACUUGCCAUUCAUUCUCAAUAAGACAAUUUUAGCAAUGCUGUCAUUGGGAAGAGAAUGUUGAAUAUUUUUUUCAUUUGUUUAAUUAUAUUAUUAUGUACUGAAAAACAAAGCAAAAACGAAGUCAUUCAUUUAAAUUUGUAGUGUAUUUAAAGUUAAAUCACACAUAAAAUACCAGACAUGUAUAUAAUUAUUCUAUACCUUAUGAAUUAAAUAUUGUCCAUUUGUUUUUGUUUAUGAUAUAGUUGGCAAUGCAGUUCAGUGAGAGAGAGUAGCAAACUGUCUUCAAGAGUAAAUGCUAAUCCAGUGUCCUAUAUGUUCCAUCACCAUCUUCUAUGCAACUUUCAUCAUCUGUUUUUCAAUUAAUACCUAGUUUUCUUCUUUGUAUAAUAAACAACUAAGUCUAUUAAACAGUGUUCUUAUUUAAAGUUACCUGUUGUACUCAUUGAGCUAUAUUAACAUGUUUUCUGUCUGAAUGUGUUACGCAUUCAUUAAGAUUUUUAGGUUGAUUUAUUUACAUCUGUAAAAUUACAGUAUGUACUUUAAUUUUUAUUGUGUGUUGGAAAUAAAAUAAGUAAUAUUUUUUGAUUACUGUUGUUUAUGAAGAA